AUGUCUGGAUACAUCUAUGAUAAAGGAUCAAAUAUGUUGGAAGAUAUAGAAGCUGAACUGGAUGCUCUUGAGGUUGCUCAACAUGUGUUUGCUAACCCAGUCUUUGCACAACAUAUGAUGUUCGAUCCAAAAGAGGUCUAUGAGGGGAUUCAAAGACAGUAUGGCGAGUUUAUGACCGCAAAUCAUGCCUUUGAGUUACAGAAUAAUUAUCCAGAAGGGGCCACUAUGAUGCCAAUCAUUCUGGCAUCUGAUAAAACGGGUGUCAUGAGAGUAACAGGUAAUUUAGAUAUGCAUCCAACAUUCCUGACAAUUGGGAACAUUGCUUUGGAUGUGCGCAUGAAAGCAACAUUGCAGGCCUGGAGAUGCGUGGCCUUCAUCCCCACACCAAAAUUCAAUGUUCACCCGGAUUUUCAAGGCAUCCUUCAUGCUCAUCUUUGGCACAAAUGUAUGGAUAAGGUUUGUGUCAACCUGAAGAUUGCUGCAAAGGUCGGCACCUUUAUUUCUGACCCCUUUGGACUCGUUCAAUACGUUUUUACGCCUCUUGUUGCAUAUCAAGCGGACCUCCUGGAACAACAACUGAUUGCAUGUGUCGCUAAGAAUUCUUCCCCAGUGUCAUUGGCCAUGCUGGAAUUCUUUGGCGAUCCGCGACCUCACUCUCCUUGCACAGGGAGCUAUACUUUGAAGCAAAUCUAUGACAUAUCCAAGAAAGUUAAUCCUUGGCAGGUCGGACAAUUUCAGACAGCUGCAAAAGCCGUAGGUCUCAGUGGUGUUCAGCAGCCAUUCUGGCGAGAUUGGCAUCUUGCCAAACCCUCAAAAUCUCUCACUCCGGAGAUACUACACACUUGCCAUAAAUUCUUUUUUGAUCACAUUCUUAUGUGGUGCAAGUCAAUGCUGGGAAAUGACGAACUGGACACUCGGUACAAGAGUUACCACAAGCGCAUCAGCUUUUGCCACUUCACUAAAGGUGCCUCCCACAUCAAGCAGAUGACUGGUCGAGAUCAUUGUGAUAUCCAGCGGACGAUUGUCCCAACAAUAGCUAGUGCUGCCUCAAAUAAUGCUGUUCACUCAAUUCAUGGACUGAUAGAUCUUUUCUACUUGGCACAGAACCCAACUCAUACACCCACAUCAAUUGAUCAUAUGAUGAACGCUCUGGCCAAAUUCCAUCAUUACAAGGAUGCCAUUUUGGAAGCGGAAGCACGCAGAGGCAAGAAGGGAACUAUAGACAAUUUUCACAUACCUAAAUUAAAGCUUAUGCAAAGCUUUGCCCGUGCUCACACAUUCCAGAAGACCAACCAUCAGAAGGACUUCAUCGCACAAUCAGUACGUGAGCUGGACCGAUUGGAAAAAAUUUGCCAAUUCAAAUUGUACACACUUUUAAGAUCACACAAGCACAAUUUCAUCAAUGCAGUCAUUCAGGCCGAGACGGAAGAGGUUCAGGCAGUGCAGGAUGAGACUACGGAUCUAGAUCCAGAGUAUGCAUGGCUCUCGCGUGUUGUCAAGGCCGAGAAUAUUUGA